CGUCGCUUCACCCCGGCCGCCGUGUCCGAGGCGCCCUGAACGAGGACUUGUUGAGAAGAUGGAGAAGCGGGUGGAGGUGAAGAUGUCUGGUGGAUGCUGAGGAGCAGCAUCAUCAUCAUCCUCCCAUCCAUCCCUCCUCCCACAGCAAGUAAACGAGUCAACAUGGCGGCGGUGCAGCUCGCCCUGUAGCGCCUCUGAGACUCCGGAUCAAACCCGCACAGAUUAAAUGGCGUUCAUGUCCCGGUUCUCCCGGUCCCGGAGCAGCUCCAGGUCUCCGAACCGAAAGGACUCCGAGCGCGCCUCCCCGAACCUGAGCGUGUCGGAGCUGGAGCGGCUCCUGUGCACCGGGAAGACCGCCUGCAACCACGCAGACGAAGUGUGGCCGAGACUCUACAUCGGAGACCAAGAUAUCGCGUCAGACCGCCGCGAGCUGGCCAAACUCGGCAUUACACACAUCCUGAACUGCGCCCAGAGCAAGUGGCGCGGUGGAGCCGAGCAUUACGCCGGGAUGAACAUCACCUAUCACGGCAUCGAGGCUCACGACUCGCCCAGCUUCGACAUGAGCGUCAACUUCUACCCUGCAGCCGAGUUCAUCCACAAAGCGCUCACAGGUGGAGGUAAGGUGCUGGUCCACUGCACUGUGGGGGUGAGCCGCUCUGCCACCCUGGUCCUGGCCUACCUGAUGAUCAGACAGAACCUGACGUUGGUGGAGGCCAUCAAAACGGUGAAGGACCACCGAGGCGUCAUCCCCAACCGAGGUUUCCUCCGCCAGCUCAACGGCCUGGACGGCAUCCUGAGAGAAAGCCGCAAGACGUCACCGCAGAGCUGAAAACGCCCCCCCGCCCGCCCCGCCCGCCCCGCCCUCAACAAACACCCGAACAGGUAGCAGCUACACCGAGGGAGGUAAUGGGACCAAGUUAGGAUCAACCUGUGGGUGUCUGACACUGUGGCGUUGUAGCAGCAGGGGAUACACACAGUCUGAUAGCUUCAGACUCACUUAUUUGUUAUUUAUUUGUUAUUAUUUAUUUUAUAUUGUUGUUUAUUUGUGUUUGAGGAGAGCACUGGACUGUAAGACUCUCCAGUGAAGCUCAUAUCCUUCUAUCAGGAGGAGGACCCGCUCAUAUAUUUAACGUCAGAUGAAACUUUCAGCCCGUUAAUGAAGAAUUAAUUGAAGUGUAGUCUCGAAGGGAUUUACAAUCAAUGACUCCUUUUAUCCUGAAAGCACGGUCACACCACAAUUUAAAACAACUCAAGUUUGUGGCAAAACAAAUACUUUUACAUCGAACUAAAACCUAAAACUAAAAGGACUAAAACCUUAUGUUUGACCAACUCCAAAGGAAGCUAUCGUAGCUUUAACUGCAGCAUUUUAUUGAACCUCCCAUAUCUGUAGUAUAAACUGCUGCACAAAAGAGAGGGAUGGUUUUCACUCAGUUCUGAGUCAAGAGUCCAAUAUCAACAAACUGUGUGAAGUUAUUGAUCAGUUAGCAAUCAAGCUAACGGCCAACUGACAAUAAACAUGCUAACUAAUCAGCUUCUUCCCUCCGUUCAAUAACUCAAAGUCCAGUAAAGAGAAACGUAUCAACAAUCUCUGUGAGUUCAGCUUCAACAAGCUUCUAGAUCGUGGAUGACUUCCACUUCCUGGUGUGACCGACUCGAGACCCUCAACACCAAUCAGGAAAAACCUCCCCCAAAAAGUUAAUAACAACAAUAUAUAACAAUUACUCAAGAAUAUAAACUUAUAGCUUUAUUGAAAAUGGUUCCUCAGAUACAUCUGAACGGUCACAAGAUGAUGGAAGAAACGUAUUAUGUUAAUUAUGACAAUUUUAAAUCUUUGCUUAUUUUCUACUGAAUACUGAAGAGUUGUAUUUCUUCAGACCUCUUCAUAUGGACAUCACAGCGGUCUAAUCACGUCUGCCUCUCAAAAUAAGGUCAAACUGACUGAAAUAUAAUUAAAAUCAGAACAAUCACAGACGUUUCUGGUCAAAGUGAUCAAAGGUCAAAGACACACUCAACCUGUGACUAUAAGCAGUCAAUACAUUGCUUAUAAAGGGUCACAAACAGGUUGGGAACCGCUGGUUUAGAAGGUCUUUGCUUAUUGAAACUCAUAUAAGAGUAAAGUCCACUCUUUCCACUUUUUAAUCAAACUUCAGAGCAUUCCAGAAGACUUGAACCAGAUGUUUUAUCGCCACGGCACCUACAGAAAAGUAGAAAAAAUGAAAGCUUUCUGGACAGAAUCAGUGGUCGGUAAUACGCAGCAGGAAUAUCUAAUCUCUGCUGCACUUCCUCCUGUUUUAGUGUUAAUAACAUAUAUAAUGUGUGAUUACUGCACGCAGAAGAAGAUGAGUCCACAGACGUAUUAAAAUGAGCUGAAUUAUACUGGAAGUACAGGAAAUAAAGUCUCACUGGUCAAUUUCAGAACCAGAAAAUCCUACAGAACAUCUCACUAACAAUGUUUCAGUCCUCAGACCUUCAGCAGCUUUUUAUCUUUUAUUUUUACUCCUAAAGAAAUGCUCAAACUGAUCGUCAAUGA